UGUGAGAUGUCUUCUAGCUUAGUGGACACAAUGGCUCGUGUGCUCUAUAAAGAACCCAGUAUAUCUUUCGAGACAAGUAGGGGGUGGUUCAUACAGCUGCCGUUGUGGGCAUACAAGAGAUGGCUGGUACUGGUUUCUUGAGGGAUGCCAACGUGGCCACAUGCUUCAACUUUGCUAGGCUGUUACCAUUCAGAUUCAACACUGUCAGACCCAGCAACGAGUUGGUGUUGGCACAUUGCAUGAUCAAUUCCUCAGUUAACUUUAUCAAUCUAAAAAACAUGCAAACAUUCAAAACUGUAAUGUGAAUAUGUAGCUACUGUAAUAAUAUACAUGCAGUGGCGUAUCUAGAGGUCUUUAAAUGGGGGUGCUAAUAAGAGAGGGGGGCCGGCUUGAUGAUCAGUUGAGGGGCACCAAUUCGCAAAAUAUGGGGAUUCUUAACUACUAGUCUAUGAUUGGGGGGGGCACAAGUAAUUUUUUUGGGGCGUGCCCCUCCGCACCCCCUAGAUACGACACUGAAUAUAUGAGGCAUGCCAUGCCAAAACCAGCACACUGUCACUAAAUGUUAAGCUGAGUAAUGAACAUAAGAUUGUGGCAGUUGAUAAUUUAGUACACAGAAGUCAUAAUAUUUUCACUUUGAUAUAAGUCGAUUUCAGUAAAUCAUUUUAAAUCUUAUAAUGUGGAGAAUAUGAAUAUGUGUAUUAAAAAGUCAUUGUCUUGGCCACUGUUGUUGGUUUUGGAAUGCCCUAUAUAAUUUUUUGUUCGUGCUCAUUUUGGCACCCCCUUCAGUUUGGCACCACUUCAGUUUGACGACCCCUUCAGUUUGGCACCCCAUGUGCCCUGAUCUGUAUGACAACAAAAACUUUCAAUGGUGAUGUUUGGUACGUAUGUACCGUAGUCAAUAACUGAAAUGACCUGGAUAAACUCAAAUUCAACAUCACUGAAAGAUAACAGAAUUACCCACUUGUGCACCAUAUGAAUGCCCUCUCCAAAGUCAUUUAUGACAUAGGCCUUCAAUCAUAGCUCCAUUAAAAAUGAUUUUUUUUUUUCAUUUUGUUGGAGAUGGAAGAACGAUCAACUUACAAAUUGUUUGUUUUCUAAACAAAUGUUUUACUUGAGUUAAGACCCUCAAUCCUAACUACAUUAAAAAAUGAUUUUGCAGGGGAUAGGGAAAAGUUGAAGGUCAACUUACAAAUCGUUUGUUAUUGAAUUAGAGUUCAAGCAAAUGAGAAUUUUGACUUUGAGUUAAGAUCCUAAAUCCUCACUAGAUUUCAAAUUAUUUAUUGUCUUGGUAGGGGAUGGAGAUGACCUUUUCCUAUCCUCUACCAAGACAAUGAAACAAUGCCAACCAACACAUCCAAGCAAAUAUUCCAUGCCACAGCUGCUGCCCAGGACUCCAAGGAAUGCCUGGCAUACCUGGUUAUGGUAUACCGGUCAGAAUGGAGAACAUGGAAUUCCAGGAUUACCAGGACAGGCAGGUGAACAGGGGCCCAGAGGUGAUUCAGGCAACAGUGGGGAAAAAGGAAUUCAAGGAGAAAAAGGGGAGAUAGGUAUAACCGGAGCAAAAGGUAAAAAAGGAGAACCAGGCUUUCCUGGAGAGCUAGGACCAGCAGGUCCAGUUGGGCAGAAAGGUUCACAUGGGCCACCUGGUGUAGGUGUUCCUGGUGCAAUUGGACCAAAAGGUGAACAAGGUGAAGUUGGUCAAAUAGGGAUGCCAGGCAGUCCUGGACCUGUAGGCUCUGCCCCUGUGCAAAGGAGAUGUGCUUUCACCGAGAUAGGCACUAAUGGAUAUAUUAAACUCUCCACGAGCAAUCUCAUCAUCAAACUAAAUCUUGUUGAACUAAAUAUUGGCAGCAACUACAAUGUAAGUACAGGUGUCUUCACCAGCACCAUCCCAGGUGUGUACUUCUUCAGUUACAGUUAUCAUAUUCGUGGAGGGGAUUUUGGAAUUGUUCAGUUGAGGAAAAAUGGAAAAAACAUUGUAACCAGCUAUGUGAAACCUAGCCAGUAUGGUCAAUUUGGUCAGGCAGCCAGCCUCUAUUAUAAUAAAACAGUUGCAUCAUUUGCUAAGAAUAAGAUGAAUUUAAAUGCUAUCAAGCUGCUCCUUUGCCUUCUGAGUGGAGACAUUCUGCUACAAUCUCCAGCUGUACUUGGACAACUAGUGGCUAAUGAUACUGAUGCCAAUCAACACAUACAAGCAAAUCUUCCAUGCUGCAGCUGCUGCCCAGGACUCCCUGGCAUGCCUGGCAUGCCUGGUUAUGGUAUACCGGGUCAGAAUGGAGAACAUGGAAUUCCAGGAUUACCAGGACAGACAGGUGAACAGGGGCCUAAAGGUGAUUCAGGCAACAGUGGAGAAAAAGGAAUUCAAGGAGAAAAAGGGGAAAUAGGAAUAAUUGGAGCAAAAGGAAACAAAGGAGAACCAGGCUUUCCAGGAAAGCUAGGACCAGCAGGUCCAGUUGGGCAGAAAGGUUCACUUGGGCCACCUGGUGUAAGUGUUCCUGGUUUAACUGGGCCGAAAGGUGAAAGGGGUGAAGCUGGUCCAAUAGGGAUGCCAGGCAGUCCUGGACCUGUAUGCUCUUCCCCUGUUCAAAGGAGAUCUGCAUUCACUGUGGUACAAUCUAAAGGAGUUAUUCAACCCUCCACUGGAGAUCUCAUCAUCAAACUAGAUACUGUGGAACUGAAUAUAGGCAGUAAUUACAAUGAAAGUACAGGUGUCUUCACCUGCACCAUCACAGGUGUGUACUUCUUCAGUUACAGUUACUUAAUUAAUGGAGAUUAUUAUGGACUUGUUCAGUUAAAAAAAAAUGGAAAAGUCAUUGUAAGCAGCUAUGAGAAGCCUAGCGUGCAGCAGUUUGGUCAAAGUGGUCAGGUAGCGACCAUUCAACUUCAGAUCAAUGAUGAAGUUUGGCUCCAGUUUGACCAUAUAACCUCAAGAAAGAUUUACUCUGAUAAGAAUCGGUAUACCUCUUUCACAGGAUUCCUACUUUAUGAAACCAUGAAUUUAAGUGCUACCAAGCUGUUCCUUUGGCUUUUAAUUGGAAACAUUCUGCUACAAUUUCCAGUUGUACUUGGACAACCAGUAGCUAAUGACACUGAUGCAAACCAACACAUUCAAGCAAAUGUUCCAUGCCACAGCUGCUGCCCAGGACACCCAGGAACGCCUGGCACACCUGGUUAUGGUAUACCAGGUCAGAAUGGAGAACAUGGAAUUCCAGGAUUACCAGGACAGACAGGUGAACAGGGGCCUAAAGGUACUUCAGGCAACAGUGGAGAAAAAGGAAUUCAAGGAGAAAAAGGGGAGAUAGGUAUAAUUGGAGCAAAAGGAAAAAAAGGAGAAUCAGGCUUUCCUGGAAAGUUAGGACCAGCAGGUCCAGUUGGACAAAAAGGUUCACAUGGAUCACCUGGUGUAGGUGUUCCUGGUGCAAUUGGGCUAAAAGGUAAAAAAGGUGAGACUGGUCCAAUAGGGAUGCCAGGCAGCCCUGGACCUGUAGGCUCUGCCCCUGUGCAAAGGAGAUCUGCUUUCACCGUGGUAGAUACUAGAAAUACAUUUGAAGUCCCUUACAGUGAUCUCAAAAUCAAACUAAAUAGUGUGAAACUAAAUAUUGGCAGUAAUUACGAUACAAGUACAGGUGUCUUCACCUGCACCAUCCCAGGUGUGUACUUCUUCAGUUACAGUUAUCAUAUUCAUGAAAAGAGUGUUGGAAAGAUUGAGUUGAGAAAAAAUGACCAAACUAUUGUAGAAAGCUAUGAGGAGUCAAGCAACUAUGGUCAAGCUGGUCAGACAGCAACCCUUCAACUUCAGAUCAAUGAUAAGGUUUGGAUACAGUUUGCAACCGCAUCCUCUUCACAAAAUAAUAUUUAUUCUCAUCAGGAGCACACUUCAUUCACAGGGUUCCUAAUUUAUGAAAUCUAAGCCACUUGCAUAUCAAUCCAUGCUAUUUUGUUUUACACAAUUUGUAUUUAGACAACUAUAGUAUAAAACAAACACAUUCCUUAUGUGACUACAGAUGUGCAUGUAAAGAAAUAAAAAUUGUUCAAGUGCCAAUUGGUAUGAAUGCAUACUAAUUUUCUAUUGGGUUCUUAAUAUUUAAUAACCAACUUCAAAAGUAAUUUCAGCACAAUUGCAGGUCAAAUGCUAUACUGCAUUUUCAGAGCUCAUAAAUUAAGAAUGCAAUUAUGUUGUGUUCCCCAAUUAAAUAGAUUUGAUACAACACAAUAUGCUGCUAGUCAUGUUUAUUCUUCUAUAUUUAUCUACUUUUUUCUAUAUACAAUGCUUUAAUCAUCUUGCUGGAAAAUUAACGUUUCAGUUAAUACUAUGGUAGUCCAAAUGAAAUAAUAUCAUAUGGGAAUAUUCCAAUCCUACCCUGAGCACUCUAUAGGAUUUAGCUGUGAUGCACUUGAUUGUCAUAGAAUGUCCAUCACAUGACAAUCACACUGCUAUCACAUGAGCAGAUACCAUGUUCAAAAGUCAACAGCCAUAUCAUUUGUAAUGUAACUAUAUGGGGGACUUUAACAAAAAUAGUUUAUUAUACCUAGGCCUUGGUUUCACGAUUGGUUUCAUUAGCACAUCAUCAUCAAUGGUUGCAUCUUGUGGUUGCUCCAGAAGCUUAUUCUUUUCCAUUUGCUUGAGUUCAUUCAUUGAGAUGAAAGGUGAGGUAUGAGGGUCCUGUACACAACCAAAUUUGAUUAUAAAGUUUAAAGCCCUUUCUGGAUUAUCAAAUUAUAUUUGACAAUCAUAAACAUGUGACGUGCCUAAAUAUGGUCAUGAUAACAUCACAUCAUGCCUAUAUAUAAGAAUACAACAGUUUUUGUUGAAAGAAAAUUUGAUAUUGUGGAUUUGAUAGGAAACCUUCAAUUGGAAUCAUGUGAUGUAUUAAGUGUUCUGAAAGAAAGGCUAAAGAACCACUAUGUUAAUAUUCAUAAAAUUAAAAAUUAAUUUAUCGUAUCUGCCGUAUAUGAAACUCAGGGCAUUUUUGAAAAUUUUAUUAUCAAUUUUUUCAUAGUCAUUUUGGAUCCCAAUUGUUCUUGAGGAGUGAAAACAAAAGAGAUUUACUUCUUUAUUAUCUGUAUACUGUAAAGAACAGAUGCAAAAUAUCAGUUUACUUUAUGAACACUUACUCAACCAAAAGAGAAUUAAAAAUGUGUAGUUAGGUUAUGCUUACUAUUCUAUUUAAUUUCUAGGGGGUUACCACACUUAUAUAAUUGGCAAAAUGUUGGUUUAUACACAUCUCAUUUAUAGAUCUACCUGCCAGUAGAUGUUCCUAAAAAAACCAAAUUAUUGAUAAAGUUGAUCUUAACUUUUAAAUUUCUUCUUUUUCUGCAUAAUUAUCUAACCUCUUUCUUAUCAUUUUGAUGUAUUUAAACUUAUAUUUACCAAAGCUGGAUGUCUUGGAAAACCAGUAUGUUAAUUCUAUUCAAAGAGCUUAUCAAAAUAUAGAAAGUAUUGUAUUGUUUUGUACCAACAAUUGAUUAUUAUUAUUUGAUUGGCUGAUGUGGCGUAGCAUUGCAUAUAUUUUGAAAUGCCUGCUGACUAUAAACUGAGUGAGUGUAUGCAAAUAUGCAGAUACUGUUAACUUAAAAUAAUGAUUACAAUACUUGUUUACAUGCUACUGAAUUCUGUGCAAAAAAUAAAGUUAAAAUGAACUUA